AUGUCGUCCGGCGAGCCCACCCCCGGCAGCAGCUCGAGCUCGUCGCCCAUAGCGACGGGGACGACGACGACGACGGGAUCGUUCUCGUCCUCAUUCUCGCCGCCCCCUGCCUCAACCUUCCCCCCAGACCCUACGCCGUCGCCGACCUUCGGGCCCCCUAACAACAACAACAACAACCCGACGCCCGGAAUCGCCACCUCAGCGUCCUUGUACCUCUACACAUUCCUCGCCACCCUUGUCCUGCUCCUCGGCGUGUCCUCGGCCAUCGUCGUGCGAUCGCUCGUACUCCGCAGACGGCACCGCCGGAUGAUAGAGGAGGCCAUUCGCAACGGCACAUGGGUCCCCCCCGCAGCGGCGUCCUCUCGUCGAGUGGACCUAUCCAAAAAGCCGAAGAUGUACGAAGCGUGGAUCUCGCAUGGGAACAUCCAGGACAACCGGGCGGUCGAGCACCCCGACUGGGAGGGCAUCAUGCCCUUCUCCGUCUUGUACACACUCUCAAAUAAACCGGCUGCUGGCACUCCGCAGGCUUCCACUUCCAUCAACAACAACAGCACCAAUAAUAUUACGCCCCCCACAUCAAACGCCGACGCUAGGACAGGCGCGCCCGCCCGUUCACGACUACUAUCAUCACGAUUCUCGCCGCUCAGCCUGUUCAGGCGGCCUGUUGCGCCUGCGGCGUCGCCGUCUGGAGCAUCCCCCGCAAGCCCGGCAGGCGAUGCUACGACCAAUACUGCGGGUGUUGGUAACGCCGCCGGCAAUAGCGGCUCGAGCGGCAGCCAUGGUAAUGAGAAACAACCAGUCGCGCAGGUAGACGGACGGAAGAGCAAGGUGCAGGUUGCAGUCCUGAUCGCCAUGCCCAAUGCUUCGCAUUCCAGUUAUUAUAAUACACCCUCGCCCCAGUCGAUACCCCCGCUGCCGAUAUCGGGUGCGUCGUCGACAGGGUCUACACAGGCGCCGCCGCAAACACUUGAUCCUCUAGUGUCGACGCCAUUAGCAGCGACGCCUCCACCAUCAUCAUCUCUCCCGAAUUCAAGUACACAUCACGACGAUGAAGAGGAGGAGCUCCCGCCUAUCGAAGUCGGGGUCGCGCAAGUCAGUAUCCUGGGAGAGGACGAUGACGAGGAGAUGAUAGAUCGUACAUCGAGCGAGGCGAGGGGAGCGAAACGCAGUAUAGGGAGUGUGUCGGACCACCACCAGGAUUCUGGGUCACGGAGCAGCGACGGCGUAUAG